AUGGAUUCCACCGAGCAGGAUAUUGAAUUUAAGACCUACCUCGAUGCUCUUGCAGGCAGAAUCACUGCCACUCUCACGGUCCGCAAUCUUGAAUGUCUUCGGCGCCAGCAUCGUAACAUCCAACGAGAGCGUCGUCUCUAUCAUGCGCUAGGACUUCCCGCACCAGAGACCGUUUUUGAGCACCUUUUCAACAAGUUGCCAGUGGACAAUAACUCGUUCGAGCGACUGAACCGUUUUGACCGGGAUGGUAACCCCGAGCGGAAGAACCGUGGCAACCGAGUGGAUGGCUCCCGACAGAAUCGGUUUGACCGUGCCCGGAACAAUUUCCUCGAUCGAGACGAUGACUUCUAUCUGACAUUCACAUUCAACAACCGGACGCGUUUCAACUCUCAAGUUCGAUCGGAGUCUCCGCCCUCCAGUGUUGCGGGCUCCCUGGCCAGCAUCGACGUCGGCGAGAAAGCGUUUUCCUUCUCUCAAAGUCAAUCUGAAUCUACAUCCUGCUGUGACCACUCUGCGUCCUGCGGUGGCCCCUCUGCGUCUUGCGAUGACCACACUCCCCGUAAGAGCAUUCUACGCCAUGAUAUCCCCGAUCCUUAUGACGACAAGACGGACUUUUCCUUCUCUCGAAGCACUUCGUCCAAUGACGACAGCACCGAUCGCACCGAUCGUGACACCGUCAGUGUUUACAAUGGCAACACCCUGAAUGGCAUCCCGAAGUUCAAGUUUCGAAACGGCUCAUCCACCCGUGAUAGGAAAAGCCUGGACCGUUUCAAUGUUCAAUUCGACUCGUCCUACGACUUGACCUACGACGGUGACGACGAGCACAACAGCUACGAGGAGGGCGUGGAGCGUCUCAAGCUUAACUGCGGCUCACCCACCAGUGUCUACGGCCUCCAAUCCAACAAUCCUAGUACCAGCGACGACGAGGUAAACGCACUUGACAAACCCGAUUCUACCAUGGUCGGCUUUGCUCUGCCCGAUUGCGAGAUGCCAAAGCCUGUUGUUCCCUCGGCCGAGCACAGCGCAGGUGCUAUGGCCUACGAGAGUCUGAUUGGAAGCAAUCCCUACAUUGGCAGCCCUGACUCGAGCACAUAUGGCGUCCAGGAGACGGGUUGGACUGACCCCCGUCCCUACAUCACGAGCACGCUUGCCGCCCAGGAGAUUGAUUUGACUGGCCCCUACGAUAGUCUGGGUGAAGACUAUCCCUACAUUGGCAGCUACAUUGACAGCUACAUUGACGGCCCUGACUCGAGCACACAUGGCGCCCAGGAGACGGAUACGAGUCCGACUAGACACUAUCCAUACAUUGAUGGCCUUGACUCGAACAUAUAUGGCAACCAGGAGAUCGAUUGGACUGACCCCGAACUCUUCCUUCAGCCGAAGACAUACUGCAGGGAGACGGACGAACGCGACUGCACGAUAACCCCCGAGCCUUUUGAAAAGACGCCCGAUGUGACGACUCCCGAUGAUUAG